CCUCCACAUAAUGCUGCUGUGUGAUUACUCGGUCUUGUGACUCUACUGUCCACGACUAACAUGAGCACUACUCUGAAGUUUACAUUAUUAUUGCUGGCCCUUGCCUUGUCCCAGGGGCUGCAGCACAACUACAUCGAUGAAGUCGACGAAGAGGCCGAGACUGAACGCGCCAAUGAGGCCUCAAAAUACGGCUCUCUGUGGCCUCUGCCGCAGAAAGUGCAAAUCUCCGAUGUUUCAUUCAAGUUAACCAGUAUCAGCUUCAAAAUAGUUGACGCCAAAGAGUCAUCCGCCGGGCCGAGUUGCAGCCUCCUGCAGGAUGCGUACAGAAGGUAUUACGAGUACAUAUUUGGCAGUUUUAAAAGGCAGGAGCUGAGCAAAGGCAGGCGAGCAGGUCCCUCUGAGCUGACAGAGCUGCAGGUAUGGAUCACAUCAUCUGACUCUGAAUGUGACGGAUACCCCACUGUGGCUUCUGACGAGUCAUAUGAACUGUCAGUGGAUCAGCCAUAUGCUGUCCUGAAAGCACCAAAGGUCUGGGGAGCCCUGCAUGGUCUGGAAACUUUCAGCCAGUUGGUGUAUGAAGAUGAAUAUGGAGCUAAAAGCAUCAAUUCAACAACAGUCAGUGACUUCCCCAGAUUUGCACAUAGGGGCAUCUUACUGGACAGCUCUCGGCACUUCCUGCCCAUCAAAGUCAUCUUGGCUAAUCUGGAAACAAUGGCGAUGAACAAAUUCAAUGUUUUCCACUGGCACAUUGUGGAUGAUCAGUCCUUCCCGUACCUGAGCCGAACGUUCCCACAGCUGAGCCAGCAGGGCGCUUACCACCCAUACACACACGUCUAUACACCUGCUGACGUGAAGAUGGUGAUCGAGUUUGGCCGUCUGCGAGGCAUUCGUGUUGUCCCGGAGUUUGACACUCCAGGACACACACAGUCUUGGGGCAAAGGCCAGCCAGAUCUGCUCACACCCUGUUACUCUGGCUCCAAACCCUCUGGCUCCUUCGGACCUGUGAACCCCAUCCUAAACACCACCUAUGACUUCAUGAGCCAGUUCUUCGAGGAGAUCAGCACCGUGUUCCCUGAUGCCUACGUUCACCUGGGAGGUGAUGAGGUGGACUUCACCUGCUGGAAGUCCAACCCUGACAUUCAGAAGUUCAUGGAGCAGCAAGGCUUUGGACAAGACUACAGCAAACUAGAAUCAUUCUAUAUUCAAAAACUUCUAGAUAUCGUCACCACUACCAAGAAGGGCUACGUGAUCUGGCAGGAGGUCUUUGACAAUGGUGUUAAGCUGAAACCAGACACACUUAUCCACGUUUGGAAAGGAAACCAGGAGCAAUACCAGAAUGAGAUGGCAAAAGUUACAUCCUCAGGGUACCAGACCCUGCUGUCCACUCCCUGGUACCUGAACCGUAUCUCCUACGGCCAGGACUGGCGGGGCCAUUACAAGGCCGACCCACAGGAUUUUGAGGGAACUGAGGAACAAAAGAAGCUUGUGAUUGGUGGAGAAGCCUGUUUGUGGGGGGAGUAUGUGGAUGCCACCAACCUGACACCCAGACUCUGGCCUCGCGCCAGUGCUGUGGCAGAGCGACUGUGGAGUGCCAAGGAUGUGACAGACAUCAACGAUGCCUUCAACAGGCUGUCUGUACACCGCUGUCGUAUGGUGGAGCGUGGCAUCCCAGCUGAGCCGCUGUUUUCCAGCUACUGUCCCCGUGAGUACAAAGGUAUCUGAAAUCAACGGAAAGGCUGGCCUUGGGAACAGAAAAAGGGAAACGAAUCCACACACAAUCACCUCCAUGCUUGUAUUUUAAACUAAGAAAUCAAAUGCUAAACUGCCUUUGUAGAGUUGUCACUGUACCGAUGCUCAGACACAUCAUCCUUUUUAAAUCUUCUUACAGAACUCUUGAUCACAUCUAAUGUCAUAAACAUCUGGAAUUUAUGAAUGCACUCUGUUUUUUAUCAAUGUUUGUAAAAAAUGAUUGUGAAUAAAAUGUUGACAUUUUA